AUUUAUUUUAACCUCGAGCCAAAGGCGGCAAAAAAAAUACCCGGAGGAAGAGAGCGCGAGCGUCGGCGGUUGGAGCGUCUGGCUCCCGGAGACGGCUGUGUCUGUGCUGCAUACACUCAUCUACCCCCUGGGGGGUGGAGGGGUCAAUACGGACUGGAGUUUUAACAAUGACCACCAAUACGAAGCACACACUUGAUGUCAAUAAACGUACUCAAACCAUAAAGAGUUUCUUUACUAGCGGAGCUACAAGUAACACAACGGUGAGGCGAACUUUACAAGUGAUUCAGCCGCUUGCUACUUCAGAUCAACUUGUUGGCAGGAUAAAUGAGUCCUACAAGCACACUCCCAAAAGAAAACACUGGAAUGACGAUCAACCAAAGAACUGCAAGAAAUCACGCACACAGAUUGCUCAAGACAACACAGAAUGCAGUGAUGAGAAUUCAGAAAGUCAAGCCACAACAAAAGAAGCAUAUCAACUUCUAGUUAAAACUAAUCCAAGUUCCACCUACUGGAAGGAGUUGGCAGAAGAGCGAAGGAAAGCCCUGUUCAAAGUUUUACAAGAAAAUGAAAAGCUGCAUAAAGAAAUUGAACAUAAAGAUGAAGACAUUUUGAAGUUACAGAAAGAGAACCAGGAGCUUGCAGAGUUAGCAGAGCAUGUGCAGUAUAUGGCUGAUCUGAUUGAGAAGCUAACUGCACAGACUGCUGAUGACCAGGAAGCUGAGCCAGAGCAGGAAACUGAGUCGGAGCAGGCUACAGAAGGAGCAUCUCUCGAUGAGAAUUCUGAGAUUGUGUCUGAUAAAGAAGAUUAGAUAUAUUAUUCUAGACUGCUUUUAAAAGCUGCUGACGCCAAAGGGGAGGGAGACUUAUUUCCCCUGCAUACAGUGCUGCAAAGAACUGCCAGUUAUCUGAACUGCCAUCCUGUCUUUAGUAAGAGUGGUCUUAUGGAAUGUUUCAUGCAUAUUUUGAUAAUUGCAUGUUUAAAAUAUUCCUUUUUGUAUAAGGAACUAUAAUUAGGUAGUCAAUAAAAUUGAUGGACAAGGUUUUGUCUUUUUUUUGGGCAUGUAAAUGCAUUCCAGGAAAAUGUAUAUUUAAGAAUUUAUGCUUUUGUUCUCAUUUUAGUGUAUACACCAUUUUGUGUAAUAAAUUACUACUUAUAAAGUUUUUAUAUUUCUUUUUGGUAUUUGAUAUUGAAUAGUUUUCUAUGUGACAGGCUAAAAUAGUCAUGUUACCUACCACGUAAUAAAAUCAGUCUCUUUAGUUAAAUAGAAACCCAUGGCACAGUCGAGUUUCCUACUAAUAAAUACCUUUUUUUUUAAGAAAUUGCCUGUGGUGCACAAUUGUGGUGAUAAUCUGGAGCAUAAAAAUGGAUCCAGCAAUUUAAAAUUUGUUUGGCUCUGUUGAAAGUCCAUUUUAAAGGAUAAAUGCUUUCCAAUUAGAAGGAAGCAAUCCUAUACAGGGCAUUCAUGUGAUAAAUGAAAGUGAAUGUGCAAAUGGAGUGGGUGGAGGGAAAAUGAGGGGUACCCAUGAAUUGCAAAGAUAAGAGCCCAUGAUGCUCUGGGCAAGGUACUGACCUUGAUAGAGGAUUGGCUGACUGGCAGAGAGUUGGGGGGGAGAAAACUGGCUUUUUUUUUUCAGGAGAACAGCCAGUGAUAGUGGAGUUCCACAGCAGUCAGUGUUGGGAUUGCAAUUAUUCAUGUUGUAUAUUUGGAUGAAAGAACUAAGGGUGGUGUUGCCAAUUUUGCAGGUCAGACAAAGAUAGGUGGAGGGGUAGUAGUGUUGGAAGUGGGGAUACUGCAGAAAGUUUAGGACGGGGCAAAGAAGCAACAGAUGGAACAAAGUGGGAAAGUGUACAUUUACAUACUUUUUAGAAAGUUUAGAGGCAGAGACUAUUUACUAAAUGGGGCAAGGCUUUGGAAAUCUGAAGCACAAAGGAACUUUGGAGCCCCUGGUUCAGGAUUCUGUUAGCAUUAGCAUGUGGUUUCAUUUGGAAUUUACAAAGGCAAUGCAACAUUAGCAUUCAUUUUGAGAGGUUAGGAAUACAUGAACAGAGGUACUGCUGGGGCUGCAUAAGUGUUUAGACCGAAUUUGGAUUAUUGAGAGCAGUUUUGGCCCAAUAUCAAGUUGGAUGUUGAAACGCAACAAGACUGAUCUUGCGGCUGAAGGGGUUGUGAUGAAGAACAGCUGAGGGCUUGGGUGUAUACACGUGUUUCUAAGGAUGAGGGGGGAGAUCUGAUUUGAAACUUGCAUAAUAGUGGAUGUAAAGAUAUUUCCACUCCGAGGAGAUACCAGGACUUGAGGGCACAGCCUCCGAGUGAAGGAGUGACCCUUGAGAACUGAGAAAUCUCUUCAGCUACAGGGCAGUGAAUCUGUGGAAAUUAUUGUCUCAAAAGUCUGUGGAGGCUAAGUCAUUGAGUGUCUUUAAGACCAAGAUAGGUUCUUGAUUAGGGGAAUCAAGAAUUACUGGGAGAAGACAGUAUGAGGUUAAGAAUCAUGUCAGCUUUGAUUGAAUAGUGGUGCAGACUGUGGGCCAACUACUUCUAUAUCUUAUGGUGUAUGGUCUACAGAAGGUGGAAUUGAUGCAUAGUUUCUGUUUUCAUUAGAUUUCAAACAUGUAUGCCGUUGUCAUUUAAGAUUACAUUCUGCACAUGCUGUCAGUAAAUUAGUACUUUGUCAGUUCCCAUGAACUUGUUUCUUCUAUCUUAACUUUGUUUUUUUUUGUCUCCUGUUGUGUAGCAACUUUUGAGACUCUUCUGUUGCCAUACAUAAUUUCAACUGUUUUCUGGCCCCAACUACUUGCUGUUUGCUAUGCACAUCUAAUCUGUCCACCUCAACACCCUACCAGCCAGUUUCUCUGUUUUACUUCAUUUAAAAGAGGCCCUACUCAUCCAUCAUCACGUGCCUUUGGUUGAACUUGUUCUCACUCUAAGCAACUUCAACUCCACUGGUUUCCAAAUAAAGAAUGGGUACCUAAUGUGAAUCUGUUAUGCAAAUCACUGUGGAAUGUUCUUUUCCAGUCCUACCUCUUACUUUUUUUUUCUUUCUAGAACAUUUGGAUGUAUUGUCAUCUGCUCUUGUGGUGAACUGAAAAAUAUUAUGGACUUAGUCUCCAAUUUUUGUCUUUUCCACUCAAUCUGAUCUCAUACGUUUUCAUUUCCCUUCCCUGACAUCCAGUGGGGAUAGGAGAGGACUUGGAGAUAUUCACUUAUUUAUUGUAAGGUGCUGGGACUACAUCAAAUAAAACCAUAAGAAAAGAAAAUGUUGGUAAGUGACAUCACAGGAUAGUUGUAAUUUGCUUGUUGAGUGGCUGCUGAGGAAUUGUUUCAAUUACAGUAAGUUGGGGGAAAAAGACUAUUUCUAAACUAGCACAGGGAAGGAAAGGAUCUGAUUUGUGAGAGUAAAAUAUUCUAUUUUCCACUGGUUUUAGGUGAGGGGUUAAAGUAACUAAUUUACUAUAUGUAACCUUAGAUAUGGUGGGGUAGCUCAGCUUAGUCAAGUAUGAUGGCAUGGAUGCUUAUCAUGACCUGUUAAUGUGUAGAAAGUAUCACUGGCUACAUAAAUUGAGCUGCAGGUUUUGGAACUCUCAAUGGCUGGAGCCACUAAGUUGCAUCUGAGAGAUAGAGAACUGUGCGGAUAGCAGAUGGCCACUGCGUAUUGGAGGCAAGCGUGAAGAAUGGGUGACUGCCAUCAGGAUAAGUGAAAUGAGCAGGUAGUUCUGGAGUCCCCAGAGGUUCUGCUCAGUAACUGGUUUUCCAUUCUCGAUAUUGGUGAGGAGGAGUUCAGCAAGAGACAGCCUGUGGCACCAUAGGUGACCCUGCUGUGCAGAAAGGCAGUACCAAUAAGCAAUUCUUUAGGAACGUACAAGUGUUUCUGUGGACAUCAACUUGACUCCAGAAUGCUCGGUGGAAUGCAUAGAUUAUGCAAGAGGGAGGUCUUUAGGUUCCCAGAACAGUCAAGAAACUGGGUUUGAGGUGAUAGUACCUGUAAUUGAAUAGGUUUUAUCUUACCAGAGCAAGAAUUAAGUUACUUGCAAUACGUUUUGAGUUAAACAAACUCAGCAGAGGUGUGGUGGAGGCAGGUUUAAUUGAGGCAUUACAGAUGGUAUUAGAUGACUGAUUUUAUUUAAAUAAUAUGCAAGGAUACAAGGAAAUGGUAAGAGAUUGGCGCUGAGUUAGCCCAAAUAGCCUACUGCCCCAUAACAAUUUUAUGGUGACAAAAUUUGCCUGUUGUCUUGUAUAACAUUGAGUUUUGUAUGCUGAAUCCAACAUUUUCUAAUUUUCCAUGUCUGCAAUUGUGCAUGCACUGCAUAUUAAUGUAUUGAAAUCUUUGAAGCAUUAUAGUAUUCUAAUAUUUCAAGUUCAAUAAUAGGAAAGCUGAAUUAAAAUCCUUAAGCUAUAUGGAACUGAA